AUGACAAUAAGGCGUUUACUGCAUACUACAGUCUAUCAGUAUGCGCGUAAAAACCAUUAUGAUACUCUACAGUUAAACCACCGCGCAGACAAGAAGACGAUUAAAGCCCAGUACUAUCGACUGUCAAAGAAGUACCAUCCCGAUCUGAAUCCGAAUGACAAGGAAGCACAUGAAAAAUUUUUAGAGGUUAAUGAAGCUUAUGCAGUACUCGGCAAUGAAGCGAGUAAAAGAAAAUAUGACAACGAGUUAAGUCCUUCGACAGGUGGAGGUAAUUAUUCAAGGUCAGGAGGUGGUAAUUAUGCCCAUGCAUGGCAAUUCAAACGAAGGACACCUCGAGCCACGGGAUCAGCAAGUGCAAGAGAACAAGCAGAAAGAAUGAAGAAUCACAAGGGACCUUUGUUUAAUGAACAAGAGCAUUAUACACGUCAUUAUGAAGCAGAAGAGAAACGGCGUCAAAAAAGAAUGGAGCAAGCAGCAGAACGGCGAAAAGCUGCAGGAGUGCAUGAUGUAAAUGCGUCUAAAGAGAAUAACACAUGGAGUCGAUUCUGGAGGUUAGGCGUAAUUUUAUCAGUUAUUGCAUAUGCAACUCAAGUCCUUCACUAA